AUGUCUGGAAUACAGAUAGAUGGGUGGGUACAGCUACCCGGAGGAGCUGAUGAGGAAACCAUAAAACGAGCCCUUGUUAACAAUGGUCUACUCGCUGUCUCCUUCCUGGUCACCGAUCAGACGACUUUCUACCGUGGAGGCGUCAUUAAUGAUCCUGCAUGCAAGGCCGUUCGAGAGACUGACCACGCGGUCAAUUUGGUCGGCUACGGCACAGACCCGUCCUCUGGCCUCGACUACUGGCUCCUGCGUAACAGUUGGAGCACUAACUGGGGAGAUGAGGGAUACUUCAAGAUUGUGCGAGGCGAGCGAGAUUGUGGCAUAUCCGGGGAUGUAUCCUAUCCCAUCAUUCGACGGGCAGCUGGCAACAGUUCGACUUCAUUUUAUCAACCACAUGAGAGUGCCCAUAUGGUAUACCGCGGGCCUGAGAUCAGUUCCGUCCAGACGCUGAAGGACGCCGAGUCCAGUGAUGAAGCUGUUGUGAUGACUGUGUGAACUCUGGCUGUUGCGGGCAUCUAUGUUGAUGUUGAUAAUGAUGAACUUUUGCAUUACAGUAUUUGCAAUUGUCGGAAUUAUUGAGCCGUGCGUUACCGUCUCGUUCGACAUUCAUCAUUCAGAAUGAGACACCAACGCGACGAUGCGGUCGAAAGUUUUGUUUUUAACUUGUAUAAAUUUCACCCCAAUUCUGCUGCCGUUCACAAUAGAACGGAUUCUGGUCCAAUAUCGUCUCAUACUGCCGC